AUGCUUAGCUUACGUCGUUCAGCAGUAGCUGCUAGCAAAUUAACUCAAAAUGCUCGUCUUUUCUCAACUACAAUUACCAAAUUACAAACCAUUGGUUCUAUCAAAGGUACUGAUGUGAAUGCUGCCAAGUACAUGCAACAAAAAUACCACGUCAUUGACCAUGAAUAUGACUGUGUGGUUGUUGGUGCCGGUGGUGCUGGUUUGAGAGCAGCUUUCGGUUUAGCUGAAUCUGGUUUCAAAACUGCUUGUAUUUCCAAAUUAUUCCCAACUAGAUCUCAUACUGUUGCCGCUCAAGGUGGUAUCAAUGCCGCUUUAGGUAACAUGCACAAGGAUGACUGGCAUUGGCAUAUGUAUGAUACCGUCAAGGGUUCAGAUUGGUUAGGUGAUCAAGAUGCUAUUCAUUAUAUGACUAGAGAAGCUCCUGAUUCUAUUUAUGAAUUAGAAAACUAUGGUGUUCCAUUCUCAAGAAAUGAAGAAGGUAGAAUUUAUCAAAGAGCUUUCGGUGGUCAAUCUAAAGAAUACGGUAAAGGUGGUCAAGCUUACAGAACUUGUGCCGUUGCUGAUAGAACUGGUCAUGCUUUAUUACAUUCCUUAUAUGGUCAAGCUUUAAGACAUGAUACCCAUUUCUUUAUUGAAUUCUUCGCUAUGGAUUUGUUAAUGCAAGACGGUGAAUGUGUAGGUGUUAUUGCUUACAACCAAGAAGAUGGUACUUUACAUAGAUUCAGAGCCCAUAAGACUAUUAUUGCCACCGGUGGUUAUGGUAGGGCUUACUUCUCUUGUACUUCUGCUCACACCUGUACUGGUGAUGGUUACGCUAUGGUUUCUAGAGCUGGUUUACCUUUGGAAGAUUUAGAAUUCAUUCAAUUCCAUCCAUCUGGUAUUUAUGGAUCUGGUUGUCUUAUCACCGAAGGUGCUAGAGGUGAAGGUGGUUUCUUAGUCAAUUCUGAAGGUGAAAGAUUUAUGGAACGUUAUGCUCCAACUGCCAAGGAUUUAGCUUGUAGAGAUGUUGUUUCUAGAGCUAUUACUAUGGAAAUUAAUGAAGGUAGAGGUGUUGGUCCAGAUAAGGAUCACAUGUACUUACAAUUAAAUCAUUUACCACCAGCCGUCUUAAAGGAAAGAUUACCAGGUAUUUCAGAAACUGCUCAAAUUUUCGCUGGUGUUGAUGUUACUAAAGAACCAAUUCCAAUUUUACCAACUGUCCAUUAUAAUAUGGGUGGUAUUCCAACUAAAUGGAAUGGUGAAGUUAUUAAGAGGGGUCCAAAUGGUGAAGAUGAAGUUGUUCCAGGUUUAUUGGCCUGUGGUGAAGCUGCUUGUGCUUCUGUCCAUGGUGCCAACAGAUUAGGUGCUAACUCUUUAUUAGAUUUAGUUGUUUUCGGUAGAGCUGUUUCUCACACCAUUAGAGACAGUUUGACUCCAGGUACACCAUUGAAACCAUUAGCUGCUGAUUUAGGUAAAGAAUCCAUUGAAAACUUGGACAAAUUGAGAAAUGCUAACGGUACUAAGGCUACUGCUGAUAUUAGAUUAGAUAUGCAAAAGACUAUGCAAAAGGGAUGUGCUGUUUUCAGAACUCAAGAAACUUUAGAUGAAUGUGUUGAAACUAUCAAUGCCGUUGACAAGACUUUCAAGGAUGUCAAGACUACUGAUAGAUCUAUGAUUUGGAACUCCGAUUUAGUUGAAACCUUGGAAUUACAAAACUUGUUAACCUGUGCCACUCAAACUGCUGCAUCUGCUGCUGCUAGAAAGGAAUCUAGAGGUGCUCAUGCUAGAGAAGAUUUCCCAGAAAGAGAUGAUGUUAACUGGUGGAAGCAUACUUUGUCAUACCAAAAGAACUUUGGUGACGAUGUUACAUUGGAAUACAGAGAUGUUAUUAAGACCACUUUGGAUGAAUCUGAAUGUAAACCAGUUCCUCCAACUGUCCGUGCUUAUUAG